AUGAAUUUUCUGGCGGUCCUACUUCUGGGACUUUUGCCUGCGGUCUAUGGCUACCAGUGUGAACCAGUGGUGAGUUCGAAACUAAGAAUCAACUACAGAUCCCUUUGUUGAUUUAACUAGUCAGUUUAUGUACCCCUGAACACAUCAAAAAACUGAGCUCCAAGGAAAGAACUCAAGAUAAAAUAGGAAAAAGAAACGCCUAGAAUCAAUUCAUUUUUUCGAAUCUUCAACUUCAGCCACCGGGAAAGCCCGGGGUCUAUCCGGCCCUGCUAGAGCGGUACAUCGUCAUGCCUCAGACGCUUCGUGUCGGCGACACUGUCAUUAUCAACGGCAAAGUCGGCAACGGCAGUGUUCCAUUCAAGUUUCUUUUUAUCAACUUUUUGAAGAAAAGCAAAAAAGUGCUCCGAAGUUUCAUAGUGUUUUACUUCUCGAAAAGUUACAUGUACUGUGCCUUUUAACAGCUUAUGCCGGCGCCUCCUGCUUUUAUACUUGUGACCAAAAUGAAAAAGGUCGGCAUUUCGGCGCCCUUCUUAGAUUAUUUUCUAGCCCUUUAAAAAAUGUCUGAGUUGCUCCAAUUCUUCAAUACAGGCGGUUCACCAUCGACUUCUUCGUCGGAAAAAAUGUAUCUUACUACAACACUGUCAGCACCAUGCACCUGACUGGACAGUACGACUUGAAUCAAACCUUCAUCGGGGAUUAUCAGGUGAGGUUCAGUCAACAGAGAGAAGAACUCAUCCUGUCUCGCUUAAAACCAUUCUACUGUGCAAUUGAUGCCAAGUUUUUUUCAAGCAACAGAAAAGUCGUAUGUAUAGAAAAAGCCUGACUAAAUUACUCUAAAGGGAGUCAAGGAGUUGUAGAAAAACAGUUUGGAACUUCCAUACUUAUCAGCGUGCGUCUAAACUCUCCUUUUGUUCACGACCAACUCUCCCAAGGAUUUUUUUUUAUUGAACUCAAUAACAAUUAUUUCAAUUCGCAAUAAACUGAAUCAGUCUGACACUUCGGUGGUAUGAAAAAAACACCAGCGAAAAAUCAAACGGCGACUUUUCCGAUUUUUUCAUAUCGCUAGGGAACUUUCCGACGGCCACCUUUUCGCCGAAUCCCUUUCCGACUUUUUUUUCUCGAUAAAUUCUUCGUUUUAAAUCUUCCUAUAUAAAGUAGGUAGUUGGUUAAUGAUUAAAACACAAAGACAUAGGAAAAAAAAAGUAAAUAGAUGUCUUAUAAACCAAAAAAUAUAAAGGAAAAAAGUCGGAAAAAAUUUCGUCGGAAAGGUGGCCGUCGGAAAGUUCCCUAGCGAUAUGAAAAAAUCGGAAAAGUCGCCGUUUGAAUUUUCGCUGGUGUUCUUUUCAUACCACCGACACUUCUGGGCCCUCUCGCUCUAUUCAUAAGCCAAAACGUUUCAAGAGAAAGCGAACAGAGUCCUUAUGAUGUCAUAGUAAACGGAGUUUGUCACCGUGAAAUCUGUUAUUAUUCCAGCCCAAUCCCCAACACGCAUUCCGCAGAGACAAGAACUUUACUCUUCUGUUCACCGACGAGCCAACGAGUAUCAAAUUCAAGUUAGUUCGAUUAUAACUCCAAGGGUGAAUUCGAUACUUAAGGGUUGAAGCUGACGGAUACUCAAUUUACAAGGACAACGUUUUCAUCCACAAGUUAAAGUACUUCAAGGAGAACUACAGCACCGUGCAGACGAUUUACAUUCAGAACCUCGACUUCCAAACUGAAUGGUGAAUUUUUUGUUUUCCACCGCUUUUCAAACAAUUUUUGAAGUUACAUCGAUUGCAAAGAAGAAAAAUUCUGCCCAUGCAAGGGACUUGGAGAGCGGACAAUCUAUAUUGGCUAUAGAGUGGUUCGAUACAUUGGUAAGUUCCAAUAUUAUUUCAAUUUUUAAAGGGACUUGCUUUUUUGAAAAAUCAUCAUUUCCAGAUGGAGAAUGCCCCUGA